GUUUCGACCGAACACAAACAAGUCAUAAAAAAAAAAACUCUCAAAAAACUCUUCACAUGAAAAGCUGAAAUGGCUUUUCUUCUCCCGAAUCUCUCUCCUUCUCUGCUCCUCCAAUCCAAAUCCAAAGAAAAACCCGUACACCAAACACUUCUCAACACAAAACCCAACACCCCUUUCUCUCUACCCUCUUCCCUCCCAAGCCUCCAGACCCCUUUAGCCGAGAAAAGAGCGCAGCUUAACACCCCCAGCGGUGCACAGGAAAAGCAGCCCAAAGAUGACUUCUUUGUCAACCUCGGCCUAGCUGUUCGGACUCUCCGUGAAGACCUCCCUCUAAUCUUUACCAAAGAGCUCAAUUAUGACAUUUACAGGGAUGAUAUAACGUUUAAGGACCCGUUAAACACAUUCAGCGGUAUUGAAAACUACAAAUUGAUCUUUUGGGCACUAAGAUUUCAUGGCAGAAUUUUGUUCAGAGAGAUUUGCCUUGAGGUAUACAGGAUAUGGCAGCCCUCAGAGAAUGUGAUUUUGAUCAGAUGGAACUUGAAGGGUGUGCCUAGAGUUCCAUGGGAAGCCAAAGGUCAAUUUCAGGGCACUUCAAGGUAUAAAUUGGAUAGAAAUGGAAAAAUAUAUGAACACAAAGUAGACAACUUGGCAUUCAGUUUCCCACAGUCCCUCAAACCAGCAGCAUCUGUGUUGGAUUUGGUCGGUGCCUGUCCGGCGAGUCCUAAUCCUACGUUCUUAUGGGCUUCCCCUGUCGAUAUGCACUCAUCUUCAUGGCUGGAGUUUUAUAGGGAAGUCAGGAAGACAUUGGAUCAACAAGGUUCUAACUUGCUUCCACAAGAUGGUUUGGUUACUUGUUCAUAACUAGCAUGUUAUUCUAUACAUUAAUGUAUACAAUGAAAUUUUUAGUACACAUAUAUAUAAAUAUAUUUUCGUGCAUUACUUUGUGUAGAUUAGCAAGUAACGGUUUUUGUUGAAAGACAAGGAUUGUAGAUAGAAAAAUAAGUAGCUAAUUUGUAUUGAUGGAGGCUUUGACAUCUUUUAUGAGCUUAUACAGUUCUAUGUACCAAAUCUUAUUUCUUUGAGUGAAAACUCAUUUUGGCUUGGUACUUAGUUUGAGCUGUGAUGAGACAGUUAAGACCCGAGAUUCAAGAAUAUACCAGCUCAUUCCUCUA